CGCCGCCUCCGUCUCCGCCGCUACUCAGGCUCAGGCUCAGCCUGUAUCUCCUCCUCUGCCCCAGGGCUCAGAAGCACAGGAACACGUCUCCUCACGAAGAUGACCACGGAAAUCCUUGCGGCCCCCCACCUUGCGGAGGAGCAGCGCCUCGCGCGCAAGCAGUCCCGCUCUAGCGGCAGCAACUCGAUCGCGAAGGGCGACCCCGCCGCGGACCCGACCGACGUGAAGGUGACCGACCCCGAGAAGGCGACGUCGAAGGAGUCGCAGUACGUCGAGGAAGACGAAGAGGACGUCUCGGGCCUGACGAAGCUCUACCGCCGCUUCCGCCCGCUCGUCCUCGCACUCCUUGCGGCCGUCAUCCUCGGGUGGUGGGUGAGCGCGACGGUGCUCAAGGCGACGCGGCAUCGCUGGAUCGUUCAGACGUUCUGGGCUUGGUUUUUCAUCAUUGUCAUCGCGUUCCGAUUUAUCCCCAACUCCGUUGUGACGCGCCCGGUGGAAGCCAUUUGGGUACCAUGCGUCCAGACGCCGUUCCUCAAGCUGCCAAGAUACAUCCGCCUUGCCAUGGGCUGGCUCGCGCUCCUCGGCAUCAUCUUUGGGUCCGCAUUCGGCUUCAAGCUGACCGGUAACACCGGCUACGGCGACCGUGCGAUCUCCGUCCUCGGCCUCUUCGUCUUCCAGUUCUGCUUCUGGGCGACGUCCAAGCACCGCUCGCACAUCCCAUGGCCGACCGUCAUCGUCGGGCUCACCCUCCAGCAAGCCAUUGCGAUGUUCGUGCUCAAGUCCGGCGCGGGCUUCAGCAUCUUCAAGUGGAUCGCGUUCCUCGCCUCCGACUUCCUUGCGCAGGCUCUCGCUGGCGCGGCGUUCUUCUUUGACCAAGCCACUGUGGACAAACAUUGGUUCUUCGUUAACACGCUCUCGUCCAUCAUCUUCUUCAUCGCCUUCGUGCAGAUGAUGUACUACCUUGGCGUCAUGCAGUGGUUAAUCGAAGGCUUCGCCUGGUUCUUCUUCAAGAUCAUGGACAUCUCCGGUGCGGAGGCUGUCGUCGCCGCAGCGUCGCCGUUCAUCGGCCAGGGCGAGUCUGCAUGUCUCGUCAAGCCUUACGUCGACUACAUGACUGAGUCCGAGCUUCACCUCACCAUGACCUCUGGCUUCUCUACCAUCGCCGGCUCCGUACUAAGCGCAUAUAUUGGCCUUGGUGUGCCCCCAGAGAACUUGGUCACCGCCUCCGUCAUGUCCAUCCCGGCUUCCAUUGCGAUUUCGAAGAUGCGUCUCCCAGAGCUCGACGAGCCGGUCACUCGUGGCCGCGUCACUGUUGACCGUGGUAAUCAGAACGACAAGGAUAGGCCCGCAAACGCGCUCCACGCCUUCAGCAAGGGCGCCGUGUUCGGUCUCAUCGUCGCCGGCCAGAUCCUGACCAACGUGCUCACCGUCGUCUCCCUCGUCGCGAUGCUCAACGGCCUCCUCACCUGGAUCGGCAAGGGCUUCGGCAUCCACGCGCUCACGCUCCAGCUCAUCCUCCGCUACGUCUUCUACCCCGUCACGUUCUUCAUGGGCGUCCCGCGCGGCGAGAUCCUGCGCGUGUCCGAGCUGCUCGCGACGAAGCUCGUCGAGAACGAGUUCGUCGCGUACCUCUCGCUGCAGGAGAUCACCAAGUCCGACAGCCCGCUCAGCCCGCGCGCGUUCACGAUCGCGUCGUACGCGCUCUGCGGGUUCGCGAACCUCGGCUCGCUCGGCAUCCAGGUGGGCGUGCUCGGCGCGCUCGCGCCCAGCAGGGCGAGGAUCAUCUCGCGCAUCGCGCUGUCGGCGAUGAUCUGCGGGUUCAUCUCGACGAUGCAGGCUGCUGGCAUCGCUGGCAUGCUUGUUUAAACGUCGGGCGACUCUCCUCCGUCGGCCUGUGGGGAUGUGUACGAUGUAGGAGGGAUGAAUGAUGGGCGUCGAGGCUGGAUAUGGGAUCGCGCUGUAGGGCUAUAUAUGUUGUUAUACCUCAUUAGUAUCAUCUACCAGCCCUCGGAGGGGUUGGUACCGUACACGACCUGUAACUGCAAAAUCUCCGUAGCACGUCCGAAUGCUAAUGCC